AGAGAUAAACAUACGCGAAAAGAGAUAAAAAACACCAUGAAAGUUUAGAAGUCGUAAUUGGAGUGUUUUAAGCAUUUUAAUUUUAAUUUCGGUCAAGUUGCAUCAAUCUUGAAGCUGUUUUCGGCAACACCGAACUGAGUUCUCGCCUUUAUUGUAUCUUCAUGUGCCCAAGAACAUCAGAAUGCAGAGUGUCAUCAAUACUGUGAAAGGCACCGCUCUUGGGGUAGCUGAAUAUCUGACUCCAGUAUUAAAGGAAUCAAAAUUUCGGGAGACUGGCGUUAUAACCCCGGAAGAAUUUGUCGUAGCAGGUGACCAUUUAGUCCAUCACUGUCCAACGUGGCAAUGGGCCUGUGGAGAUGAAAGUAAAGCAAAACCAUAUCUUCCUUUAAGGAAACAAUUUCUUGUCACCAGAAACGUACCAUGUUCACGCCGUUGCAAACAAAUGGAAUAUAAUGACGAACAAGAGAAAGUUAUCGAACCUGAUAGCGAAGGUGGUUGGGUUGAUACCCAUCAUUACGAUUUAUCUGGUGAUUUAGAAGAAAAAGUUCUAGAACUAACGUUAGAUUCAGCAGAAGAACAAUCCGAUGAAGGAGCAUGUAAAAGAAACAAUAUUUUCUCCAACGAUGUAAAUAAUGAAUCAAAAUCCAAUAAUAAUGCCGAUUCGAAUACGUGUAAUGGCGAAGACGAUGAUGAAGAUGACGAAGCCUUAGACAUGGAUGAAUACGAAGAGAGUGGAUUAUUAGACGCCGAAGACAAUACAACGGUUGAUAUUAGUCAAACACUUUCAAACAAGAAAGAAAACACCCUGGAAGGCGAAAUAGUAAAAACACGUACUUAUGAUUUGCACAUUACGUAUGACAAAUAUUACCAAACUCCUCGAUUAUGGAUAUAUGGUUAUGACGAGAAUCAUAAACCAUUAAGCGUUCAAGAAAUGUACGACGAUGUUAGUCAAGAUCACGCGAAAAAGACUGUAACGAUGGAAUCUCAUCCACAUAUUCCUGGCCCACCGAUGGCUUCAGUACAUCCUUGCAGGCAUGCUGAAGUUAUGAAAAAAUUGAUCAAUACUGUACUGGAAGGAGGUGGUGAAUUAGGUGUUCAUAUGUACCUGAUAAUAUUUUUAAAAUUCGUGCAAUCUGUCAUACCUACGAUUGAGUAUGAUUUCACGCAGAACUUCGCUCUGUAAUUUUCAUCAAUCGAUUGAUCAAGUAAUCUCGAAAAAUACAUUUUAUUACAACCGUUUAUAAUAUUAAGCUUUGUAAGUUUCGUUCUUUUUUUUUUUAUUUUCAUGUGCAGCUAUCAUCUUGUAUUUGUUACUUAAAAUUUACUAAACCAUCUGAAGUGUAUAGUGUAUUAAUAAAAUUAUUUGUAUUGUUA